AUGGAGGAACAGUUAGGCGAUCCUGUUAGUGACCAUCUUGACAAUAAAAUAUUGUUUGAUCCGCAUCUACGGGUAAAGCUUGUUAAUAAUGUUUUCGACUUCGUGCAGAAGAAUAAGUUCAAUGGUAUCGAACUACUAUCGGCAUAUCUAAUUGAAGAUAAUGCAGAUGCUUCUGAUAAACAAAAUUUUGUUUUACUAUUGAAGGCACUCAAAGAAAAAUUCGAUAAGAAGGGUUUAAUUUUAUCUUUGGCAGUUGAUUUCAGAGAAUCGACUGCUAAGAAAUUUGAUAUUAAAGAAAUAUCAAAGUAUGUGAGCUUCAUUAAUUUGAGGACUUACGAUUUUCAUGGAGGUAUUUAUGAAAAUAAGAGAGUGGUAAGAGCAGGUCAUAUUGCUCCACUGUAUCAUUCUUCAAAAGAAAACACGGAGGAUCGGAAAUUGAACGUUGAUUUUGUGGUGAAACUUUGGAUUUCGGAAGGUGCUCCACCAAGCAAGUUAAUACUGGGAACUACUUUUAACGGAAUAUCCUAUACUUUAACUGAUCCAAAACAAAUUGGUAGAAAUGCACCAGUUGACGGACCUAUUCUACCCUACAUUUUACCAACGAUAACCUACCACGAUGUUUGUCGGAAGGAGAAAGAUCGAGUAUGGAAGCAACUCUACGACAAAGAGCAGCAAGUUUCAUAUCUCUACAACGGGAAGGAAAUGAUUUCCUAUGAUGGCGCUGAUUCCAUCAAGAGGAAGGCUGAAUAUGCGAAAAAACUGAAGCUUGGUGGUGUAUUCGUAGAUAGUUUAGAUAAAGAUGAUUUCAGUGGAAAAUGUGGAAGAGAGAAGUACCCACUUCUGAGAAUUGUGAACCGAGUGCUCAGAGACAAAUGUUAA